AUGGUCACGUGACACAUCCUCCCCUUACAGUAAAAUCCAAUAUGGCGGAAAAAUCGGGCCCUACGCGGCCUAGGCGGCGAUGUCAACAUUUCAACUGAAGACGACUGUUGCAGGACAACGCCGACGUGACGAUGAAGGAGCGACAGAAAAAGAAGAAAGGAAGGACGUGGGCGGAAGCCGCGAAGACGGUCCUGGAAAAAUACCCCAACACCCCUAUGAGCCAUAAAGAAAUCUUGCAGGUUAUCCAAAGAGAAAGACUCAAAGAAAUAAGCGGAACGUCACCGUUGGCAUGUCUGAAUGCAAUGUUGCACACAAACUCCCGCGGGGAGGAGGGCAUCUUUUACAAAGUUCCAGGCAGAAUGGGCGUCUACACAUUAAAGAAGGACGCCUCGGAGGUGGCCACUGAGUUGUCAGAGGAAGACUCCGAUGAGAGCAGCGACAACCUCUCCGACUCCCGAAGCUCGGAAAACAACAGCGGCCCUCGGGAAGGCAGGAGGAGACGCUGGAUACGACGACCAGUUCCCUCCAAGCUGCCCUCACAGCAGCAGCCGACAUCCCCUCAGCCUCGCUGCUCGUCUCCGUCCGUCGCUGCCAAGCUCAUCUCGCCCUCACAGAAGCACAGCAAGAAAGCGCUCAAACAGGCCUUGAAACAGCAGCAACAGCGGAACCAGCGCAGGCAGGCGGCGAUGCCGACCACGUCAAGUUCUAGGCUGCUGCUGAAGACCAUAAAAGACAUGGCUGACAACCUCACCACCAAGACCGAUCUUUGCCUCCCCAUUGUGUCAAGGAAGGUUUCUCAGCGCUCAGGUCGUCUCAGUGCAGGGCACUUGAAACGUAAUAGGUGCAAAAUCGAUGUGGAGACGCCGGACUCAAUUUUGGUCAACACUAACCUGCGGGCCCUCAUCAACAAGCACACCUUCUCCGUCCUACCGCAAGACUGCCAGCAGAGACUGCUGCGGCUUCUGCCAGAAGUUGACCAGCAGGCCUGCACGGAUGGCCUGCUCAAGGUGACAAGCUCAGCUUUGAACAACGAGUUCUUCACUUCGGCAGCACAGUUGUGGAAGGAACGUCUGGCUGAGGGUGAAUUCACUCCUGAGUUGCAACUGCGAAUGCGCCAGGAAAUUGAGAAGGAGAAGAAAGUCGAGCACUGGAAGGAAGCCUUUUUUGAGAGCUACUAUGGUAAAAAUUCUGGACUUAGUCUUGAGGAAUCCAACGAGAUGACCAAAGCUGAUUUAAAUAGGGAGCUAAAGCAUCGCCAGCCAAGAGUGACCUCAAGAGUAUCGGAGGAAGCGAAGGGCACCAGGGACCGCAGCAGGAGCGACAGUGGUGCCGCCAAGGACGCCAAGUCCAAACUGUCACAGGAGAAGAUGCUACCUCCUCUGAAAGAAUCUCUUACUGUCCCAGAGGUGAUGAAGACUAGGCGCUCUCAGCACGCCACGGAUCGUAAGCUGCCCGUGCCAACCUCCAAACCGGAACCUGAAGAGCACAAUGAGGGCAUCAUUCUAGAAGCACCGACGGAGCUAAGUGAGAAAGAAGAUAAAACGGAACUCCCCCAGUCAUCCGUAGAGACAAGUCUUCUAGCAGAAGCCGGGACAAAGGUCAAGGAGGAUCCACCAACGUCUGGGGUUAAGCCUACUGAAGUGACAAAGGCUGAGCCCGAAGGCCCCUCAAAAUCACAGAAAAGAAAUCCUCCCAGCGAGACAGAGGAUGAGGCAACACCUGAAAAAAUACAGCGGAUAUCCUCAGUUUCCUCUGUGUCCUCCGUCUCCUCUGUAUCUCCUCCAGUCUCAUCCGUACCCAGUCAGGCCAAGCCAGAUUCUGUUGACAACCAAAAAGUUCCGCCACUAAAGAUUCCAGUGUCAAGAAUUCUUUCCGUGCCCGUCUCGACCAGCCAAGUGUCGCUGAGGACGCCUCUCAGUGCCUCCCUUAGCAGCCCGGUUCGCACCGGUGCACGCACUUUGGCAGACAUCAAAGCCAAAGCUCAGCUUGCAAGAGCGCAACGAGCAGCGGCGGCUGCUGCCUCCAGGGGUGCUUUGCCCGCAGGUGACGCUGACCCAACGAAACCUUCCCCGAUUCUGACAUCUCCACAUGCCUCGGUCAGGUUACCCAUCAACACUACUGGGACGCCGCCUCCUUGCCCAUCAGACUCUGUUGGUCCGCUCAGUCCUAGUCACGUUAACACUCAAGAUGUUAGAACAGUCGAUGUGCCGUCUUACGGGACUAGUUCGGACUCAGUAUCCGAGUGUCAGGAAAGUCCUUCUGGACCAGCCCGGACCAGUUCCUAUAUUCCUGCAAACAAUCCGCUUGUCACCAGGCUUUUGCAGGGAAAGGAAGUUCCUUUGGAGCAGAUCCUUCCAAAACCUCUCGCCAAGGUGGAGGCCAAAGUGUCAAAUAUACAUUCCAGCAAGAGAACAGCACCACAUUCGGCCACUGGUGGAGGUCACGAGCACAAUCCGUGUGACACAGCUGGCUGGGCCUUCUCUGACUAUACCAGGCAUCACCAGGAACCUCUUGAUCAAGACACUAAGGAGCAGAUCUUACAGACUCAAAUGGAGAGGAAAGUCCAUAGACAACCACAAAAAGGAGAUCUUCUCCACCACGGACAUCAAGACGUGUGUGGCGAAGCGCAUCAAGAUCGACCGUGGAUAUCCGUUGGCUUCUUGGUGCGAAAGAGGACAGCAAGGCCUGCCAUGUCAGGGCACUACCUCCUCAACGUGUCCACGUACGGCCGAGGGUCUGAGAGCAAGUGGCCUCACCGGUCCACCAUCGUGAACACGGACAGUCUGAAACGAGAAACGACAGAGGCAGCAACAGAGGGGACAGUUGAAUUUAAAACAGAGCAGCAGGGGACGUCUGCAACCAAUUGUGAGCAAGCGGGGCACCUUUUGCCUUGUCCCGAAAUUAAAAUCGAACCAGGGUUUCAGGAUAGUGCCACUGAUGAGAGCCCAGGGCCUAAGCAAUUCUGCAAUCAAGGAAAACCCGAGCCAUAUCUUCCGCCGAAGGAUGCCAGUCACCAGCAGCCAUGUACCUUCCCAACCUCUAGGAUGUCCAUUCAUCAGGAAUCAGUUUCGCCCAGUUACGGCGGAACCAUUAGCGUUUCUGUACCGCAUACUUUGAACCACAAUCCCGUGAGUGGCGCCACGGCCGUACCAGAUUCUGGGAGUGUCAUGUCCUUCUCGGUGACUGUUACCACCAUUCCCGAUGACAGGAACGCACCACCACCAGAACAAUCCUUCAUUGAAGCCACUGGCAUGGAGGACAUGCAGUCCAAGUGCUACUGUCGGCUCAAAGCCAUGAUCAUGUGCAAAGGGUGCGGGGCCUUCUGCCACGAUGAUUGCAUUGGACCCUCAGAGCUGUGCGUCUCGUGUUUGGUGGUGCGGUGACACCCGGAUCGACGGUUGCACCGUGGUGACCAGAUUUACACUGGAUGGUCUUUUUGCAGGUUGCGCAGCGGUCGAGUGCUCAUCGUCUUUGUAGAGUUUGCUUGUUCUCCCCCUGGUUUUGUGGGGGGUUUUGGUGCUGCAGUUUCUACCCACAUUCCUAAAACAUACAUUAGGUCCAUUGAAGAAUCUAAAUUGUCCAUAGCUGUGAAUGUUUGUGUGUCUACUAAAUACACUUCUCACAAAUGCCAGUCUGGAUCUCAAAGAGGCACAAGAGUUUGCUGGUGCUGGCUGGUCUACAAAUAAUGAGUGUUUAUGAGUACAAUGGACAAAACAUUAGAUGAGUUUAAAGAGGAAAUGAUUGCCAAGAUGCAUGGCUAAUUUCAUUUUACUUCUUGAAAUAUUCUGUCCAUUGCACAAAUGAAAAACACUCAUUAUUUGUAUUGUAUUACUCCUGAAAGUAGACUGCUCGAUAUAACUAGCUAGGUUUAUAAAUACUCAUGCUCAACACGCAGCCCGUCAAUACUCGAUUUUCGUUGAAAAAGGAAUAGAUUAAGCAAGCUAGCUACAUACAGCAGAUGCUAGUGCUCAGCGUGUCCGUCAAUACUUGAUUGUUACUGAAAAUAGAUUGAUAUAGCUACCACUUAGCUAUAUAGAUGGCACGUAUCCAUCAAUACAUGAUUGUUGCUGAAAAUAGAGCAAUUGACAUAGCUAGAUGCUUGUGCACAGUGCAUCAGUACUUGAUUGUCACUGAAAAUAGAGUGAUGUUGCAAGCUAGCUGUAUAGAUGGUAUUGUUCAACCCAUGGGCCGUCAAAACUUGAUUGUCACUGAAAAUACAUAGAUAUAGCUAGCUAGCUAAGACUAGUUUGACAAUCAAGCUGGCUAGCUAGCUAUAUGGAUGCUAGUGCUCAGCACGUUUUCUCUACCACGUAGGGUUUAAUAUCCUGAAUUUUUUGUGAGUUGUGUAUGUGCACUCUUUUUGGCUGUCAACCUUUGACCCAGAAUCAGCUGGAUGCUGAUGGCUCCAUCUUAGCUGCCACCAUAUAAGCGCUCUAAAAAAUGGAUGAACAAUUUGUCUUUUGCGCUGUCGGAUGCCGUUUUGAAACAUCUGUUCGCAAUCCAAUCAAUAGUCUUGUCGGAUCUGAUCGACAAUAUUUGCACUUAGCAUUAGCUUGAAAUAUAUUUUUAAAAUAGAUUUAUCAAAGCUAGUUUUUAAAUGGGAAAACCGAGGGAAAAAAUGAAUGUUAUUCUUGGUAGAACCUCAAGACCGUUUUAGACACUUUUUAAAAAAAACAACAACUAUUGGGCCUAAGUCAGUUUGAAGGCAAAAAAAGGGCGGUAAUGAUAAUCACAGUGUAUAAAAUACCUCCUAUUUAGCAUUUGUCAUACACGCACACCAGGGAAAGUGGAACUAUAUUUUUAAUAUCUACAGCCAAGACACUCUAAGAAUCAUGUAUACUUUUAAAGAUACAGUUUGAAAAUUAUUAUUUUCUACAUUAUGCUUUAUAUGACUUAAUUAUGAUUGCACACUGAAUUGAAGAAAAAAAAACGCCCAAUAAUAAGGUAGCGCAACCGUUAAGCACUUCUAUCUUCCUACUGCUUUUUGUAGAUAUUAAGUUUUUUUUUCUGUAUAUAUUUAAGGCCAAUGCAUGGAUGUACACUUAAAAAUUUUUUUUUUUUGUCUGUUAAUUUUUUUUUUUGUAAGUGACAAACACGGUUCACCGCAAAUCAACUACCAAGAGUCAAAACGCUGACGCUGUUCAUUCGGCAUUGGGCGAUUUAAAAGAUGUGCAAUAAUGAAAACAACUGAUGCAACAAUUCUCUUUGUCUUUUUAAAAUAUAUAUUUAUACACUCUUGACAAGAUUAUUGCAUUUUCCCUCUGCGAGUGAAACUCUUAACAUUUCCUGGAGGUGCAAUAGCAACAAUGCCAAAGUCACCUUUCAAAAAAAAAAAAAAAAAAAUCUAAUCAGAUCUAAUUUUGAAAUGUCUUGCUAAUAAAUUAAAGUAAUAUAUUUUAAUUAAUAUAUUUUUAAUAUAACAAAUAUAUUUGCGUUUGAAAAUCAACAGGGUAUUCACUUUUUUUUUUUUUGCUGUCCAGUUUUUCUUGUAAUUUUUUUUUUCCUUUUUUAUUUUUUAUUUUUGUAAGGACCCAGUGGGCCAGCAUAGAUCUUUUCAUGGUCUUAAACAUCCAAUGUAAUCUGCAUGGAAAUGUUUGAGUCUCUACAUUUUUUAAUUUAUCCUUUAAAGUAUGAGUCGUGGAAACUCUUUAUAGAGGUUUUCAAUCUUAGGUUGAACUCAGAUCAUGGGAUUCUGUACAUGCCAUCCCAAAAAAUAUAUAAGAAUCAGAAAACUUUAUUCGUCCCUGCUGGGCAAUUAACGGGAUACUGCUGCAUUUGUUUUGAGGGGGGGGAUUCAGGAGUUGGAGGUACAAAGCGUUUUUGUAAAUCGGAGAGUCCACCCGGCAAAGAAACUAACCCACACAUGACAUCUGAUUAAUAAUAAUUAACCUGGACGCUGAUGGAAAGAGUGGCCACCAUUUUCAAGCUCAAAUGUCAUUUGUCCUCCAUUUUAAACGGGUGAAUGUAAUAUCAUUAUCAGCACUAUUCUGUAAGAAGAAAAAAUAUUUUAUCAAAAGAUCUUUUAGACUAUUAUGAAUAAAAAAAUAUGAACUAAAUAUGUCAGCUUUGUUUUUCACCCUACUCUCUCAACAGUUGUUUUUUUUAAUACUACAAAACCUUUGCAUGAAUUCAUUAUUAAAGUUUAGAAAUUUACAUGACAUUUUUAAAGAUUUUUUUAAUCUAAAAAUUUGCUGCUUAAUUAUAAAUGAGUGAAUGAUUAUAUUUUUAAAUGAGCGAAAUUGAAAUUUAAAACUUCAUGGACUUGAAAUUAAAUAGUGCAUUCAUUAUAAAUUAUGAUGACUCCAUUUGAAAAUGAGUGAAAUAUGUUAAUCUUAAUUGUAGCACAGGUAAGGGCUACAUGCAUGGCGUUUCCACCUCACGUACGGCUGGGGUUGCCACCUUUCAGAAGUAGAAAAAAGGGAAGGCCCCCUCGCGCCCAAAGCUUUACGGUCGAAAAAAAUGGGGCAUCCCCAAAACUCCUAAAAUGCAUAGAAAUGUAUCUAUUUUUAGAUGAGAAAACUGUAUUGUGCACUAUGUGGGCAUGGCAGUUUCCUUGCAGCAGAUUGUUUUUUUUCCUGCGGGUUAGUGAAAACAAAGUUGUGAAUAUCGUAAUUAACAUAUGUGUUGUCGGCACUGAAUCCGGUCACGUGAUCCAUUGACAAGCCAAAUUUCUUAAGGGAAUGUUCCAGGAGAGCUACAAUUCCAGCAGCUGACUCGUCUACAGUCAGCACUAUUGUAGCUCUGGCUGGCUACGUUUUACUGUGUGGUAUACCUGUGUCACCUCAGCUGCAGUAAUUUAGAGGGUAGGAGUGGGAUUAUGUCAAAUUCACUAUUAAUCAGUCAAUAGUAUAUAUCCUCAGUAGGACUAUUUAUUCAGUGUUUAUUUGCUGUUAAUCUAUUAGGAAUAAUUCCAAAUGAGGAUUAUUAGUUAGCGUAACAAAAUAAGAUGUUCUUUAUGGGUACAUAGAUUCAUUUCAUAUUGAUUGAUAAUAAAUGCAUGUUUCCAAAAAAAAAAAAAAAAAAUCAUUCCUGAAAAUAAUCAACCAUAGUAACAACUGAAAUAGCUUAGCUAUGUUCCUAUCAAUGCAAGAUGUAUGACGGUAAAUAUAAAUAUAGCCUAUAUGUUACUCAUAUACAAUAGCAUAAUAACAUACCAAAUCAAGCUCAGGGGAUGUUUCAGGUACAAAGAAUUGUGACGAAGGCUCUUCUGGGAUCUUAUAUUCCGUUUGUGCUGGUCCCCUGCAGCAUGCUGUUUUACACCUCCGUGAGACACUACAAAGACUUUACUGCCUGCCUUGCAGUUCGCUUUAUAAUCACCACCAGUGACUCUAUCGAGCCACGGGGUACCCUCUUCUCACUCCAGUCUAUUUUUUUUGGGAGAAGUUUCCCCUUUUGAGGAUGAGGUGGACUGCUGAGCUUCUCCUGUUGACGAAGACAUCUUAGUUUUGAAAACGCGCGGGGCGGUGCACUUAGCAGAGCUAGCGAGGUAGCUAGGCAAUGAACCCGGAAGUGGAGCGCAGUGCAAGACAGACAGCAGCGGUCAGGCAGAUAACUAUCUUGCUGUCUUUAAUAUCUCCUGCCCUUUUUGUUCAUCAUUGUUGGCUCAGUGGUCACUCGUGAGCGCAGGUGUGUGUUUGUGUGUGACAGACGUGCAUGGGCUGGGCGCACCGCCGCCCGCCACUCCCCGCUGCCGGAAGCGCAGAUCGCGUGGGGUCGCCCCAUGGGACAGUUGUGAAAUACGAAAUAAACUGCGUUCCGUAUUGGUUCAAUACAGAACUCAACUUUUAAUUCCCAAUUACGGAACAAUUCCGUAUUUCAAGGGACGGGUGGCAAGCCUACGUACGGCGGUGCCAAUAGGGCAGCUGCAACCGGGAGACACCCUUGAUUGAUGUUUAACAUCUCACUGUGAUGGAGCAACGGCAGGGACGUAUCCCUGCUGCCCCCUUUAGCUACCCCUUUGACCCCCCUCUCCACCAAAUCAUGUCUUUCCGUCUCAACUAUAGCCAAAAACUGACCUUUUCUGUCUCUUCUGCUAAGACCAUGGAUGACCUCUUCAGUUUUGACAUGGCGAGUCCGAUCUUCCUAUAGAGAAGCUGGAUAGAUGUCCUAAUAAAGCCUCUGCAGCCAACCUCCACAGGGUAGAUACUGGUAGACAAUCCAGCCUUUUGAUACUCCGCUACCAGCUCGUUGUACUUGACCCUUUUCCUUUGAAAUGCAGCCUCAAUUCGUCGCUCCCAAAGGACAGCUUUUCCAGGAUCACUGUUUUGGCUGAACAGGACCACAGGAUGAUGUCUUGUCUAAGAGAGCUGGUGACUAUCUCUGUUGGGAAUUUAAGCUGCCAAUCAAUGUCCACUCUUUUAGUUUUAGUCGCAUCUCGCUUUGGUAUAUGUUUUGAUUUCCUUCCCCUUGUCCCUCAAAGUGGGGGAUCCGUGCAUUUGCAGGAUGGUCUUUGGUUAAUUGCAUUCUUGGUGCUUCGAGGACCUCUCCCAGAUAGCAGACCGACAUUGAAUAAACGCUGAUUUUCCAUCAAAAACAGUAUGGUUGACAUCGAAAUUUUCGACAUCAAGUGACGUGAAAACAACGUCGUUCUACGGUAUGUCAGGCAGUGGUUGGGUUAACUUUGUUUUAUAGUUGAUGAACUAAUGUUGAUAAAUAGUUGAUUUAUGGUUGACCGGGAAAUUCGAUUGAAAAGUCAUUGAAUUAUGGAUGAGUGGGCGUUUUGGUCGAAAACA